AUGUCUGGCCUUGAGAAGGCGCUCUUCAACCUGAAGUUUACUUCGAAGCAACUCAACCGACAGGCGGCCAAAGCCGACCGCGAUGCCCGCGCCGAACAGGUCAAGCUCAAGAAAGCGCUGACCCAGACGCCUCCCCAACCUCAAAUUGCCCGCCUGUAUGCCACCAACUCAAUCCGCAAUUCACAACAAAGGAUCCAACUGCUCACGCUGGCGGCUCGUAUCGACGCCGUGGCGGCGCGUGUGCAAACCGCCAUCACCAUGCGGACGGUGACUGCGUCGAUGGCCCAGACCGUCAAGGGAAUGGACGUGGCGUUGAAGAACAUGGAUUUGGAAAAGAUCGGGGCCGUCAUGGAGAAGUUCGAGUCUCAGUUCGAGGACCUCGAUGUUGUUACGGGAUAUUAUGAAGGCGUCGCCGGUGGAGUUGAGAGUCAGCAGAUCGGAGUCGAGGGCCAGGGCGAGGUGGAGGCGCUGAUAAACCGCGUCGCCGACGAGGCUGGUAUCGAGUUGUCCCAGGAGAUGCAACAGCCAGUGCCGGAGCAAGAGCUCCCCACGGCAGAGUCGGCGGACCGGGCCAAACUCGAAGAGGGCUUGGGCGACAGAUUGCGGGCUUUGAGGAAUUGA